UAUCAAUUUCCUUUUUUUGUUCAUGUUCAAAAUUUCAUUUCCUUUUCUUCUUCUUCUUCUUCAUUAAACUGAACCCUGAUUUCAGCUCCUCCAAAAUACGUACGCUCCACAAUCGUAGAAUCGUAUAUACGUAUUCUUUGUGUAUUUGUAAUGCAUUUGUUCGUGUAGGUUAUGGAAGAUACAAAACCAAACAAGCAAGCCAACAACGGAGACCUAUUCGACGAUGCGCCAGAGGAAUUUCCCUUCGACGAUUGCAACGACAGCUUUUCCGACGCGGAAACUGGCGGAUCGGAGGCUGUCGUAAACCUUAAUCGAUCACCGAAAAAUGAAGAUUUUCCGUCGUCGUCUCUCCGGCGCCGGCGUCCUCUUUCUUACAGUGAUUCUGGUAACGAUUCGGCUAAUUUUAGACCUUCGGUAAGUUCUGAGAGUUAUUUGAAUUCUAAAGAGAGAAGGCUUAUGUCAAUGGAGAAGGAUAAAAAUGGAAGUUUGAAUUAUAUAGAAAAUUCGAACUCAAUGCAGCUUGAUUUGAGCAGAGGAAGACAAAAAAGUAGUGUCGAUGAAGAAAAUAAGGAGAUUUCGACGGUUAUGAAUGCGAAUAGUGUAAUAAUAGGUAAUUCAAACGAUGAUCAUUUUAUGUUGAAAGAGGAUUCUGUAAUUACGGAUGUGAACAAUGACGGAAUAGAUAAUUCGGAGGUAGUUGAUUCGCAUUUGAGAGGAAAUGAUGAUUCAAGUUCGAAUAUUUUGUUUGAUUUAGCCAAUUUAGUGAUAAAAGCUGUUGGCUUUCAAGUGAAUAUGUUGGUUACUUUUGUGAGUUUGAUGAUAAAGUUGUUUUCAUUUCCUGUAUGGGUAAUUUAUAGCACGUAUAUGUUUGUGAUGGAUCCGUUUCAAAUAAUGAGGCGUGGAAAAAGAUAUGUGAUGCACAAGUUUAUGAGGAGUUUUGGAUUUGUGUUUGAAUGGUUGAAGGAGCAGAGGUCAGUGUGGAAGUUGGGGUUGAAACUCGGAUGGGGAUGUUUGUGGUCUGUGUAUGUAUGUGUUGUUUUGGUUGGAUUGCUGGUAUCGGCUUUUAUAAUGGGUGGCAUCUUGAUGAGAAUUAUGGUUGAAGAGCCGAUCAGGAUGAACGAGCCUUUGAAUUUUGAUUAUACAGCAAAAAGCCCAGUUGCAUAUGUGCCUGUAAUAAGGAGUCCAGGUGUGACCUGUGGUGUAGGUAGUAAGGAUCAAGUGGAGGUUGGGAUGGUUGAUGGGGUGCGAGUUAUCCCACCUAAUCAUCAGUUGCAGGUUACUGUUUCAUUAACGUUGCCGGAGUCUGAUUACAACCGAAAUCUGGGCAUUUUUCAGGUGAGGGUGGAUUUCCUCACUGCUAAUGGUAAAGUGCUAGCUAGCUCCAGGCGACCCUGUAUGCUGCAAUUUAAAAGCAAUCCUAUACGCCUUUUCUCUACUUUCCUUAAGGCUGCCCCUCUUGUCACCGGAUAUACAUCAGAAUCCCAAAAGUUGAGGGUAUACUUAAAGGGUUUCUCUGAAGGUUUCGUUCCAACGGCAUGCUUGAGGGUGAUCAUUGAGCAACGAGCUGAGUUCCAAACUGGAGGUGGAAUUCCUGAAAUGUAUGCUGCCUCUUUAACACUGGAAUCUGAACUUCCUUUUCUGAAAAGAAUGUUAUGGUAUUGGAAGACAACAUUAUUUGUGUGGGUUAGCAUGAUGUUGUUUACCAUGGAAUUUCUUUUCGCUCUUCUUUGCUGCAAACCUCUUAUCAUUCCAAGACUAGGACUGAGGCAUGAUUCAAACAGUCGUGCGGGUUCACCGAACAACCCACCAGCUGAAAGAGUUCGAGGAAAUUUAGCAUGCUUAUGAAACUACCGCUUACCAUGCUCAUCAAAGUACUUUCUUCCGGUAAAACCUCAAAAUGCUUCGUGGAGAGCCUCAGUGGAAGAAUAUAUCUAAAGAUUUGCUAAACAGUAUGGGAAAUUCAGAGAUCUAAUAUAUGGUAGCAGCCAAAUGGGGUCUAUCUUCUAAUGAACUUGCAUUGAGGACCAGAACAGUAGUUUUCUCAUUAAGCUUUAUUUUGGGAUAAUCUUCUGUUGUGAAACACAUAAACUUGGGUCUGACAAGUGGUUAAUCAACCAUACCGGGGCAGUAGUAUUUGUCAUUUAAACUUUGUUUUGGGCUAAUCUUCGGAGGAAGGGAAGAAACUUAGUGACUUCAUCAGAGGGCUUAAUUGUAAACCUCAUGGCAUUGUAGAACCAGAUACCAGCUGUAGCUCCUGCUAUUGGACCCAACAUGUAUAACCAUAGUUUCUCGUAACAAUUUGAUACAAUUGCUGGUCCCAAACUUCUUGCGGGAUUCAUUGACGCCCCUGAAAUAGUCCUGUUCAUCACAAUAGCCAAAUGUCCCCAGUUAGGCAAAUAUGUAGAAUGUAAGAGAGUUAUGAUUCCAAAAAGAACAACUAGGAACUGUUACUCGUACUCAUCUGUGAGGGUUGGCAUUGUACUCUUAUUUUUCUAAACUCAUGUU